AUGGAUUCAUCGUCGAAAAACCAAACUCCAGAAUAUUACCAAAACGUCGUCGUAAUGAGACACGGCGAUCGCAUCGACAACUUCGAUCCGUUAUGGAUAUCCACCGCGCAACGACCGUGGGACCCACCUCUCGUUGAAGAGGGUCGGGUUCGGUCCUUCUGUACGGGUCGGAAGUUUCGCAAUCUUUUCAAAUAUCAGCUUCAUCGUGUGUAUGUCUCGCCGUUCCUCCGCUGUGUUCAGACCGCCGCCGAAGCCGUCAUCGCUCUCUCCGCCGUUGAUGAUAGCCCCGAAGCACUCACCGGAGAGUCCGUUAGAUUUGAUCCUUCUAAAAUUAAGGUCUCUGUUGAAUAUGGGUUAUGCGAAAUGAUGAGCAGAAUGGCAAUUAGGCUUGACGUGGCUCCUAAAGAUGGAAACUGGGGCUUCGACAUAUCAGAGCGCGAGGCCAUGCUUCCUGCAGGGACGAUCGAUAAAAAUGUAGAAAGGGUCUAUAAAGAGUUGCCUAAGUAUGAGGAACCGGUUGCCCACACGAAGGCUAGAUAUGAACGAAUAGUUAAAGAUCUUGCUGAUAAACAUCUUACUGAAAACUUGCUUCUUGUCACACAUGGGGAAGGAGUUGGUGUGGCUCUAUCUUCAUUCAGAAAGGGUGCUGAAGUAUAUGAAGUUGACUAUUGUGGAUAUGUCGAACUCAGACGCCCGAUUUUCAAGAAAGACAAGUCAUUUACUGCAGGACAAUUUGAAGUGAUUACUAAUACCGGACAAACUGGCGUAAAAUAUUCCAUCUAA